UCUCAAAAGCUUCCAGAAACUUUGAGACGCUUCAUCAUUUCUCACUCCGACAUCGAUGGCUAUGUUAUCUCACCGUCUCCGACGAGCUUUACUCACGGCGACUUCCUAUGUUAACCAAUCAAUUUCUCUCUCCCCAGCUUCCAUUGCACCAGCGUCCGAUUUCCAUUCUGUGUCUUCGUCGGUGCUACAGAGAUCUGUUUUAGGGAGAUCGACUGAAGUAGCUACUCAAGCUCCGGCGAGACUGUAUUCGACGAGGCAGCUGAAGAUUUACAAAGAAGGUGAUGAGAUAACGGAAGACACCGUGUUGUUCGAAGGGUGUGAUUAUAAUCUCUGGCUUAUCACUAUGGACUUUCCCAAGGAUGAUCCUAAGUCUCCUGAGGAAAUGGUCUCUACCUAUGAACAAACUUGCGCUCAAGGACUUGGUAUCAGUGGUGUUUAUGGUUGAGUCAGUGUGGAAGAGGCCAAGCAGAGGAUGUAUGCUUGUAGCACAACUACUUACCACGGGUUUCAGGCAACUAUUAUAUCUACCUGGAGUGGUCUUCAUAUUGCCAGAUUCCUACAUUGAUCCCGUGAACAAAGAGUAUGGAGGAGACAAAUACGAGAAUGGAGUCAUCACACACAGGCCACCACCAGUUCAGAAUACCAGAAUGAGACCCCGUCCUAGGUUUGACCGUUCAACAGGAGGAGGAGGUCCUCAAAACUACCAAAGAAACCCACAGUAUGGUCAGCAACCGCCAAUGCAAGGUGGUGGAGGGAGCUAUGGUUCUCAACAGAUCGCAAGAAGUACAACAAAAAAUCUGAUUUCUUCACAUUCAAGUUCGAAUCUCCCGUCGAUUCUCGUCAAUCUGAUGUCAACGAAACCUCGAAUCGAUGAAGACAAAUGGAACGACGCAUGGGAAUCAGCUUGGUUACCAGAUGAUCUCACGGAUAAGAGCCGAGCUCCAUGGGAGAAAGACGUGAACUUCGAUUCGACGGCGAAGAUCGAAGAAACCGAUGUGGAAGCGAACGCCUUCGUGGAGGAUAUGAAUGAGCAUUGGAACGAGAGGAGAGGGAAGAAGAGUGGUAAAGUGGACAAGAGAGAAGUGAAGAUUGAUGAUGGAGGAGAAUCAUCGUCAUCAUCGCUUUACAGUUUGGAGACUAUGAAGAAGGAUUAUAGGUUGAAGAAGCAACGAGUUCAUGCGUCUUUGUGGGUUAAGGAGAUUGAGAAAUUGGAAGAAGCUAAAUUGGGUGAUUCUGGAUCUGGUGGUGGAGCUGAUGAUAUUGAUAGGCUUCUUGAUAGUUGCUCUGAGAUUUUCGACUCGGUAGACCAUGAUUUUGACAAAUUGGAGGUUUCGAGUGGAUCUGAAAUGAAGAACAAGCCUGAUGGUUGGGAAUCAACAGCAAAGGAACAAGAUGGAAAUCUCUGGGAAAUGUCACAAAGAGAAGAAGACAUACUUCUCCAAGAAUUUGAUCGUCGGACUGCCUUUUGCAAAUUUCAGAUAGCGAGUUUUAUAAAGCAACACAUAUUCAGUAGAAGAAGACCGAUUGAUGGGUGGAGGUACAUGAUUGAAGUGAUCGGUUCAAAUGCGAGAAAAGGGAAAGGUAGUGUUUCUCGGCUCCCAGCUUUAUCGGAUGUGUCAACUCAGCCUUUCAAAGAAGAAACGGGCAGCCUCACUACUUUGAAGCGGUAGAAGACUAUUAGAGGAGUUCAUGAAUAUCUCGUUAGCUUUGUUAUGGUAUUAAUACACUGUGCAGAAAUGUGCUUGAGUCUAGGCCUUGUUUAGGGAGACUCGUCUGAAAGUUUGUCUAGCAACUAGGAAGAGAAUGCUUUUUUUGGAAGUGUUGUCAAAGAGGCAGCAUAAGGUUUCACGGGUUCAAUAUUUUUUCAGUCACCGAAAUGGAUUUAGAAAAUGGUACAGAAAUGGUAUAAACCUAUUUUUGAAGGUA